CCCCCUGUCAAGACGUCACAUCCAAACAUGGCAGCUUACUUGAGUGGCUUACACCACAUUUCCCUUCACGUUUCUAACGUGAACAAAAUAGCCAAUGACCUUGUGUCCAAGUUCAAGUUUAGCCUGUUCGCCACCAGAUUAACGGACAGGUCCCGACAACUGGCCUUCAGAAAAGGAGCCGCCGUGUUCGUCGUGAACGAGAGACCAAACCAAAGCGGCGUGAUAUUGAAUGAAGAGCUGCCGGACAUCACACACCGGCAUUCACCGGACACGCGCAGGCUCAACGUGCGCAAGUACGAACAGGGAACAGCGAAAUGUCUGUACGACAUCAGCCCGAGUUACUCUGUGGAUACUGUGAGUAACGUGUGCUUCGAGGUGGAGGAUGUGGAAAAGUCCUUCAGGGACCUUCGCCAUUUGGGUUGUAACUUCCUGGUGCCACCCACCACAGUGGAGGACGAGGCUGGAGCUGUCACCUACUCUGUGGUGCAGUCAGUUGUGGGCAAUGUGUGCCACACGCUGAUUGACAGGACUAAAUAUGAGGGUUUAUUCCUGCCCGGGUUUGAUGUCCUGGAAAAGGACUGCAACCUGGAAGAGGACGAGGACAUGUCCUGUCCAAUCACACACUUUGACCACAUCACUUAUGCCUGUCACAGGAAAACCACUCUGCAGGUCAUGAGGUGGUAUGAGCAGCUCUUUGGUUUUCAAAGGUUUUUCAUUGAUAGUGAGGAAGAUGUGGAUGAAGGUUUCGUCAUAAACCAGGAGGGCAUUGGACUGCGUCUUACUGCCAUGGAGUACUGGAAAUGCAGCAAAGCUGGCAUCAUUCUUCCCUCUGUGGACAAAAAAGGGCCUGACUGCAAGUUUGUCAUUGCAGAAUCACUGCCUGAACAAGGCAGGAACCAAGUUGACACCUUCUUGGAGCAGCACCGGGCUCCAGGGAUCCAGCAUGUUGGACUGUACACUGAAAACAUCCUCUCUACUGCACAUGCAAUGGCUGGAGCUGGAGUGCAGUUCUUCUCCCCCCCUCCUGCCUAUUACACUGAGGUGGGAAAACAGCAGGAAAUCGAGGAGGCAGGACACAGCCCUCAGAUGCUGGCACAGUAUGGCAUUCUCCUGGACACAGACCUGCACCAGGGUCCACUGAAAACAUCCUGUGACAACAGACGGUACCUUCUCCAGGUGUUCACCAAGCCCAUCUUUGCUGAGGACACCUUCUUCCUCGAGUUGAUUGAGAGAAGAGGGGCAAUGGGUUUUGGCGAGGGAAACAUCAGAGCACUGUGGCGGUCGGUGCAGGCCUACAUGGAGAGUGAAAGAGGGGAUUCUCAAGAAAAUGAAAACUCAAAGACUGUUUACAUAAGAGCACACGAAACAAAAUAAUAAUGAAAUAUUCAAAAUGUUAUCUAUUUCAGUAUAAAUUAAGUGGAAGGCCUCAAAUUGCACUUCACUCUACGCUGUUUAUAAAUCAAAUUAUAUGUUGUGAUAAUAGCUAUCUCGCACAUCUCAAAUUUAAGAUGCUGCUUCUCAUUGUGAACAAACUGGUGUGAUAGCAAAUUACUCAUAAAAUGCUUCAAAUAUGAGAACAUAAAUAAACACACAUACAAACGUUGUACAUUGAUUAAACAAUGGCGUGAAAACUUCA